AUGUCGAUGACUCUCUUUGGUGCUGGUUCGUGUGGUGGCCUUCCUUCUUGGUGGUCAGGAAGAAGAGAAGGUUCGGGUCUCUUACGACAGGUUCUGUUCCAGGCGGCGGAAGGUCACAGUAGCACGUACCUGAUGGUCAGGGGCAUCCCUGCAAGAACAGACAAUGGCGAAAAGAGAGGCUCGCUGCCUGCAGUCACCACCCCCUCCUCCAUUGGCAAUAGUACCUUUGGCAAAUGCACCACGACAAGUGUGCAGCGACUGGCGCCCGCUGUCUUUGGCCUGAGCAGAGCAUGCGGCGGCAGGCCCGCCAGUCGUGCUCGGGCAUUACUCCGUACAGGAAUACACCAAGGUCCCAAAGCCACAAAGCUCCCCGCAGAGGACCCAAUAAUACCCAUGCCCACCGCCGAGGCAUGUAUGCUUCGCAUUGUCAGUGUCAGCGCCGAGAACAGACAAGCAGAGGACAAUUGA